CUAUCACACAGUCAAUCGAAAAGCUACAAGACAGUGUUACAAAAUAUCUGAUAAAAACUAUCUCGAGACGUGUGAAAUGGAGUUUUUGAGUUGCCUCCAGCGAGCCCUGGACUGUGGUGUGACAAGAGAACAGUUCCUGCGUGUGUGGGAGGCUGAGAGGAAACUUCUACAGCUGCAGGCGGAGACCAGGAGGCUGGAACUGGACCAGCUGCCCAUAACAAGAGCUCGUGAACAACCGGAAGUUUACGCGUUUCCCUGGCAACAGUUUGAGGAACUAGUGGCCAAAACAAAUAAAUUACGCCAAGAAAUGAAGAAAAUUGGCAGAGUGGAAGAAGAGGUGAAAAAUCUACGACGAGAUUUCCAGAACUGGAAAAAUGAAGUAAAAGAGGAGCUGAUUAAUUCGUCGUGCUUGAGAAUUGGUGAACUACUCGAUCCGGUCAAAGUUCAGAUCAAAGAUCUUCACACUCAAAACACGAGUCUGAUGAAAGAGACGCGGAAGUUAAACGAAAGCACACUGCAAGAAAUUAGAACUCACACAGAGAACGUGAGGCGAUACAUUCAUGAGCUGGGGGUGACAGGGGGACACUGCACUGACCAGGGGGAAGCUGGACAGGAAGUGACGACACAGAGUUUAGAUACAAGCAGAGAGGUAUCUGACCUAGCAGAUACACGCCAAGAGGUAUCUGACCCAGCAGAUACAAGCAGAGAGGUAUCUGACCAAUCUGGUCUGUACACAGACGAACUUACAGAUGAAGAAAACGUAACUCAAUCGCCAUCCUAUCCAGAAGAGUUCUAUCCAUCAGAAAAUGCGGAUCAGUUGCUAUGGCAAUCUCCUGAUCUUCAAGAAAACCAAAGUUCACUGGUCCCGUAUUGUACACAAGACUUACCAAACGUUUCUCCACAUAUCUAUGGGUGGUCUGGUACAGGGCCUAACCACGUGGAUAGUAUCUUUUACAUACCGUCCGACGGGUUGGAUGUCAUCAUCCCUGACUGCGACCAACUCACCAAACACAGACACGAUUUCUACACGGAAUUUUUCUACACCCGCGGCAAACUCUGCAAGGCCAGGUUCAGAAUUUGGUUCAACAAACGCGGUCGUAUGGGCGUGUCUGCCCUUCUCUCCCAGGGCAUCAUGGACGACCAGCACCAGUGGCCGCUGUCUGUCGCGGGGUGGGGGCAGAUCUACAACCCCACGUCCCGCAAGUUCAGCAAGAUCUGGGAGGUGGAGGCCCAGGAGUGCCAGAGACCGCAGCCCGGGAUCGAAACCCCGCUGGGCGCAGCCGUGCAGCUGUGCACGAGCCGGUCGACCUGCGAUGACGUCACGCAGGCCGUGCUGAUGAAGCGUCGGUACCUGGAUGACGCGAAGACUCUGACGUUCAGGUGCUUUUUAUGGGCUGAAGAGGUCAAAGUUCAGCUCGAUCCACUGCAGCUAGCGAUGUGAUCCAUCCGAAGUUUUAUUUUUAGAUUUUUAUAGUUCCCCGGUAACGUCAUGAGAUUUUAUUUCAUAGGUUUCUCCACACUGUAGCUAAAGCAAAAUACACGCGUCUAAUCAAAACACAUUUUUACACGAAUAAUUUACACGAAUACAUUAUUUACGGGUGAUUUUUAUUGCAUACUUAGUAGUGAUUUUUAAUUUGGUAUAGCGAUUAAGUGUAUUUACAUUAAACAGUAGUUCAACAAGUAUAUCGUUUAUAAUACACGCAGUUUACAACUCGAAAGCUGCUAAAAUUGUAUUGAAAUUGUAAUGAAAUUGUAUUAAUUUAUGUCAACAUUGUAUUUCAUUGUGUAGAUAGUAAGGAUUAUUAAAAAAUCACGUCUUUU